UUGGCUUCUGUUUCACUCAGCUCUAGUUAUUAGGUGUGUUAUGUUGGUGUUAAGGUUAUUUCACUAUGCUGAUCCCUAGGGAACAUUGUCUAAAACAAGACAAAACAGUUGACACUUACAGCCAUGGGGUGGGGCUGGCGUGUGUCCUGAGACCUGGGGAAGUCCUGGGACUUCAGUAACAAGCUGUGACGUUAGCAUGUUAAUUUCCUUUCUGAUUCCUGGUGUGGGGCUUCUUAGUGAAGAUGGGAAGGGCUUGUCUGCUGUUACUGCCAUAAUUACAAGUGGGCCUACCUUGGAGAGCCAGGGCUUUGGGGAUGACAGUGUCUCUGUCCAUUCUUGUCCUUGAUGAAGAUGGUACUAGUGAUGAAGAUGAUGAUACAAUUCUUAUUUUUUGCCACAGUGGUCACUGAUUGUAUGAAGAAUUUUACCAAGCACUAAGCAUAUAUCAGCUCAUUCAGUGUCUUCCCCACCAUUCUUGUGAUACAUAUGAUCUCGCUUAUAUUGAAUUGGCGUGACUCUGAAUCCAGGACAGCUCAUAAUGAUCUACUACUGUCUGAGGAUGGGAGAAAAGUGACCCAUGGAGGCAAUCAGAAGAAGCGUCACAAUUCAAGAUUUCUUGCCUUACCCUCUAUGGGAAGGGCACCCCACUCUUCUGCCCCUCUCCCAUCCAGAACAUACAGGCACAGUCACCAGCUUCAGCCCUGUGUCCAGGAAUUGCCUCCUAUACUCCAGGCGCACCUCAGCAGAUCGUACACGAGAGACAGAAGAUUUCAAGACCCGCGGAGGCACAGAGAUCCAGGUUCUGUAUAUUUCCAUCACUGGAGAAAGUUCUGUCUGCGCCAACUGCAAUAUUGGAGUUUUUCAGGAAGUGCCAUGGCCACAGCCCCUGCUACCAAGAAGAUGAUGGAGGAAGCCGCAUGCUCCAUCUGCCUGCAGAUAAUGCCGGAGCCCGUGAGCAUCAGCUGUGGGCACAGCUUGUGCCAUCGGUGCAUAACAGGGAAAUUUGAGAAUCAGCCACAAGGAACAUCACAGCUGAGGAGGUCUCACUGUCCCCUGUGUCAGGCACCAUUUGAGAAGGGAGACAUCCGGCCCAACCAGCAACUGGAAAACUUCACUGAGAGCAUCCGAGAGCUGGAGCAUGAGAGACUGUGUGAAGAGCACGGGAAGCAGCUGCACCUGUUCUGUGAGGACGACGGGCAGCUCAUCUGCUGGCGCUGUGAGCGGUCCCCCCGGCACAGAGGACACAGCACGGCUCUUGUGGAGUACGCAGGCCCACGCUACAGGAAAAUUCUUCAGAAAGUUCUGACAGAACUGGAGGAGGAGGAAAAGCAUUGUCUGUUUAUGAAGCUGAUCACAAAAGAUCAAAUAAGGCAAUGGGAGGAUAAGAUCGCACGUGAGAGAAGGAAAAUUCAGUGUGAGUUUGAGAAACUCUACAACUUCCUCCAUGAAGAGGAGCAGUGGUUUCUGUGGAGAUUGGAAGAAAAAAAAGAGCAGACUCUGAGGAAAAUGCAAGAAAAUGAGGCCAGUCUGGAAAAGCAGAGGCAAGAAUACAAGAGCCGCAUCCUGGAACUAGAGGAGAAAUGUGAGCAGUCAGCUCAGGAUAUGCUGCAGAAUAUGAGAGACACCUUGGGCAGGUGUAUGGCCAUGAACACGGAAGUCCCAGAGGCUGUGUCACUGGAGCUUCAGACUGUGUGUAAUGUGUCUGAGCUUUACUUGGAUAUGAAGAAAAUACUAAAGAGCUACCAAGUCCGUGUGACUCUGGAUCCAGAGACAGCUCAUACUGACCUAAUUGUCUCUGAGGAUCGAAGACAAGUGAUCUAUGGAGGCCCUGAAAUGAACCUUAACAGUUCUUUGAGAUUUGAGAACUUGCCCAGCGUCCUAGGCUGUGAGCGCUUCACCUCAGGAAGACAUUACUUUGAAGUGGAUGUGGGAGAAGAUUCUUCAUGGGAGUUAGGAGUCUGUCUGGAAAAUGUGCACAAAGGUGUUUCCAUGAAUCUUCAACCUGAGUCUGGAUUCUGGGUCAUCAGAUCAUCUGGUAAACAAAGGUAUUGGGCCUUUACCUCUCGCGCAACUUUACUUCGUCCGAAGAAACUCCAGGUUUUGGGGGUUUUUGUGGACUUUGAGGCCGGACGUGUGUCCUUCUAUAACAUGACAACUGCUAGCUCCCACAUCUUUACCUUCUCAGGGGCCACCUUCUCUGACACUCUCCGGCCGUUUUUUGGGGUUUUUCAAAGUUCUCCUUUAUUCCUCCACACGCCAUAAUAGUAAAGAAAGGAAUUGCUUGCCGUAGCCUUCUUCUUGGAUUAACCAUCGUAGAGAAUAUAAUAAAAGUUUGAUCGGGGAAGAAAUUUGAUCUUUCCCUCACUUACAUUUUCCUGACCUGGAACAGUGCUCAGCUCUUCGUGGAUACUAAAUAAAUCUGCACUGUAUGAGUAUAAUGACUAAGAAUACUACAGAUAAUCAUCUUGGUCUGGUGUGAAUUCAAGUUAAUUGGUAUCUUGCCACAGGUAUACAUUGUUCAUCUCUCUUCAGUUGGUCUGAGUUGUGAUUCACAAGGGUCCAGGUCUGAUAAGUAGGGUGACCAGAAGUCUGACGGGCUGAGUGCUCGUUUCUUUAAAAUCAUUUGAAGUUACUUGUGACAAAGAGAAGCUGCAGUUGUCUCCACCAACUUCUUAAAUGAGCAGGAACUUCGAGUAGCAGUGACUUUUCUAACUGCUGGGGUGUUGAUAAUCAGUGGAGCUGUCUUCCAGGAGGUCACUGUAAGUACAGAUCCUACCAGACACAGUGAAUCCAACUGGAUGACCACCAGGUAACAUGUGAGAGAAGAGUUAUGUAUUUUACAAUGAGAGGCUUCACAGAGGGAAGAGUCUGAGUCUAAAAAUGAACUUUGUGGGGCAUCAGUCUAGAAAUGAACUUGAUUUAUUCCAGGUGCUAGUGUGCUAGUGCCACCUAUUUUGAAAUAUUUUAAAGUCCCAAAAGUUAUUUAUCACUGACAUGAUUUUGAAACCUAUUAUAUAAGACAUGAUCUGAUAGCCCUCAGCGAUACAUAGAUACAGCCUUAUUACACUUAAAUGAUUCGACCUAAUGAAAUAAAGGCCAGUGCUGUGGUGUCGUCAGCCUAUCUCAGACAGCAUUAAAGAUGAUCCAAAAAAUGUCACCAAAUUGCUAAAUGGUAUGAUAGUAGUUGAUAUAAAAGUCCAUGUGUGUUAAUUUUGAAAUGUUUGAUAUCCUUUCACAAGGAAAGGCAAUGAGUGAAAGUGUUUUGGGGUAUUGAAUGGGUCCACCCAAAGGGAGACAGGCUAGAGGGUCUCCACCCCCUACAGCCUCAGCCUCACAGGAUUUCCUAGUCAUGUUGACAGUGGCUGGAUUGGACUUGAAAAUACAGUGUUGAAGAAAACAACACACCAAAUAUGUACUUUUGCAUAUUGCUAAAGACCAACUUCAGCUGAGCUAGUGAGGGUCUCCUGCAGGAAAGGACGGUGUCGGUGAAGAAAAGAGAGAAAAGGAGAAAAGAUGAGAUAGAAAAGUGAGGAGACACAGGCACCUGUUUAGGGUGAAAGCAUCUUCGGCCGAUUGUCCCAGCAGGGCUUUAUCUAUACAUUACAAGCAAGCGGUGGAAUUACAUCAGUGUGUAUGUAAAGCAGAAAGCUUAACAAUCAUCACAUUUUUCUUAAAUAUAGCUUGGGACUUUUUGAUCUCUUAUUGAUACACAAAAUGUUCUAUAGUGACUGGUCAUUAAUAAAAUAUUCCUAUAGUGAUCAGUUGACACAAGCUAUGUGACGUCUAUCGUCCAACAGA